AUGUCCGCCAUCCUGAACGGUCCCAUUACGUUGAUCGUGGUGGUUCUGGGGUCCUUCAUGAAUCUGCUCACGAUCUACGUCCUAUCAGCUCAAACUGCCAGCAAGUAUCAUCGGCCUUCCGUCUUCGCCUACACGUCGCCACAGAUUCAGAAGCGCAUGUCCAGUUCGACGAUCGAACGAAGUCGAUCCGGCUUCGAUCUUCAUUCAUCACAGCGAAGACGACCAUGCCGUAGCCAAGGCUCGGUCAUGUCGACGGGUUCCACACACAGUAAUCGACCACGGGUUUACACUUUCUUUGUUUGGCUAGCCAUUUCGGAUAUAUUGUUGCUGUUAUCAGCCCUGUUCAUGUACUCCAUACCCAGCCUUCUGAAUGGCAUGUAUCAACCGUACGUUCACUUAUUUCCCUACUUUUACUUGAUGAGCAAUGCCGCCUUGAUUGCCAGUGUAAGUUUGGGUAAUAUGUUGAUAUUGCCAUUGGUAUCUUAUAUGUUACUAUAAAUUUAUAGAAAUUUGUAAAAUGUUUGCAUAUAAUGCUGAAAACGAAUAUUUUUAAAAUUGAAAUGGUGCGAAUAGGAGUGUCAUGCAGAAACGUCAGUUUUUGGCAACAAACUUUAUUCAAAUACCAUUUUAUUUUUAACAAAUUAACUUUUUUUGAUAUGUCACCUAUUAAAACACAUGACAAUGUUUUCAGCCUGUCAUACGUAAAACUUUGCCCACAAUUGGCACAUCAUACGCAAUGUUUAAAUGUAUGACAACGUUGCAUACAUUAACCUUGUACAUGUUUAAUAUGAAUGUUUUAAAAUUAAAUUGAAAUCACUUCAGGUGUGGCUGAUGUGCGCGCUGAUGCUGGACAGGUAUCGUACUCUGUGCAAACCGUUCUCCGUCCGCUCCAACAACAUUCCAUUAAUUCAUAAGGUGCUGUUUGGCGUCUGUUUGACGGCGCUACUGUUCUCGAUGCCACGUUUCUUCGAGCUGCACUCCGUCCUCGACGAGAGCACCGACACCUUCUACGUGUCCCAAACCCAGCUCGUGCACAACAAGCUGUACAUGAUUGGGUACCGGAUAGUGGGUGGCCUGCUCUUUUAUUCAUUACUGCCAUAUGUACUUUUGUUUGUUUUGUCCUUCAGGGUAAGAGUUUGAUUUAUCGUGUUUUUUCUCCCGCUUCGUAGUGUUUUAAAACAUGAUUUGAUGGAAAAGGAGAUGAAAAACGUAAAAAAACCAAAAAGGCUGUUUAAAGUAAUUUUAAAUUUAGUAUGCUACAGUAUUUUGCUAAUCCACAGCAUCAUGACUUGCUUAAUAAGCCUUUUUUGAGUUCUAAACAUCUAAAGCUUUGAAAUUGCUACAAACUUUAUGAUGACAUUCGUUUUGACACAAAACAAAUUACACAGAGAUUCGGCCAGACCAUUCCUAUGAUGGAUGGUGUGUUUGAGAAUUUAUAAAAUUGCUUUUAUGCGGCCGACACUCCGAACGAAACAUUUUUUACAUGUGAAAGUACAGGACGGCAAUUCGUUUGAAUAAUCUCCCAAAUCCGGAUUAACUCGAGCUUUUAGGUUUGGCUAGUCAUCCGGUCGGCCGCGAUGGCCAGGCUUAAAAUGAACGCUUCGGGCACUAUGUCGAGCGCCUAUGCAACGGAUUCGGAAAUGAUAUUAAUAGCGGUAAUCUCCAAGUUCUUGCUCUCACGCCUGCUACCGACUGUGCUGGACGUGGUGGAGCACUUGGUGGGGCCGGAGAUCUUCACGAGAUCGGCCGAACUCACCAUUUGUGUAGACAUAAGCAAUCUCGUGGUCGUAUCGUCGGCCGGAAUCAAUCUCUUCAUCUUCUAUGCGUUCUCCAAUUCGUUCCGGAAGGCUAUUAACUCUCUGUUCCGGGCCUACAAAAAGACCUCGACCAACUCGCCUAUCAGCCCGCUCAGCACGGUCUCGGCCGUUCACUCGGUCGUCCCCCAACGGCCGCGCCUCCCACGACAACUCAGUCUACAAGCAGAACGUCGAAAACAGAUGCCGCUACGGCGGAAGGCGACAAUUAGUGGGAUUCCAUUAAGCCAGGCCGUCCGAAAACAAAGCGCCAAAUCCCCACUGUGUAUAGAUCAGGUAAUUUCAUAUGUAAAGAUUGGUCUUUUAUAUAAACAUGCCAUAAAACUUUAUGUCACAUAAAAUUUUACGAGGUGCAAGGUGAACAACAUGUCUUCUUCGAAUAAAUACCCUCAGAACUGUAAUUGCAUUCUAAUUGUCUUAAGUAUGUAAAACGGCCUAAAUAUUUCCUACAACAGAGUAAUUAAUAUUGCUGAGCACGUCAUGUUGUCGUGAAAGAUUCCUCAUACACAAUUACUUCCAGACGAGAAAUCUCCUUACUACUCCACUUAGCGACAGACCGAGUAUAUCACCAGAACCGAGCUCAGGUAUAGAUGGCUUUGUUUUCUUGUCGUAAAGUUUUAUCACAAACGAUUGCUUUACUCCAUAAACAUUACUUUAAUACCCCCAAUGAGCCUUUCUUUUUAAAACCAUCACUAUUUCAGCCAUCUCCACCGUAACCAACUGAAUCUCAAGAAUCGCAACAUACGGGUAUUGUUACAUAAUAAUAAACUGACAAUAAAAGGAACAUAAACUUUGGCUGGAUUAUGACAAAAAACGUGGAAAUCUGACACCUGAGAUAACAUAGUUCCGUACGGGUUAAAGACGUCAAGUCAGGGUGGCAGGCGGGAGGGCCAUGAAGGUGAGGGCAGAGAACAGCUGGUACACUCCGACCUGAAGAAAAGAUCUGUAAAUGAGUAGCUAGGACUGCUGUUGUUCGAAGGAUGCCGGUCAUUUUUAAACACGGCAGUAAGAGCGUGAUACAGUCCCAUGGCUCGGUGGGUCAGUUCAGUCAUGCCGACUCCACCGCCGGUGCCUCGUCCCAAGGCCGUCGGAUUCAUUCCCAGAAUACGGUCAACACGCUAGCUAGUGCGGGCUCUAAUUUCAUCGACCGUGUUCGGAAACGAUCCUCUCAGCCGACUCUCAGAUUCUCACAGAAGCUCAAGAACCCGAAGGAGUGGGUGAAGGAGUUCAGGAAGAUCUACCGCAAAUUCUACCUCAAAUAUUUGUUACCGUUAAUCUUUAUCAUGUUUUAUAUGUUAGUAGGCGCGUUGUUGUUUUACUGGCUUGAGAGUGGGGCUGAAGCCGACAGGAUAGCAAACAGGUGAAUAUCAUAUCCUAAUUAUACUUAUUCUCAUUAACUUUUAAAUUACGUUGUUUUUAUCACUUGCGUCACAAUAAGAUUGACAAACUUAAAAUUAAAAAAACCAUAUUUUUGAAAUCUUCAACUGUCAUCUUCUGACAAAUUGAUAAAACAAGUUUUGUUAUCUUAUCAUGCUUUAAAACCUAAGUAUACAUUUCUGGCAACGUACUAAUACUUUCUUGAGAAACCAAACACCUCCUCGUGGCCUCAUGGCUCCGUAGUAACUUGCUGUUAUUUACAGACGACGUGAGUUCGACCGCGAAAUAGAAUUAUUUGUAAAAAGGCUAGACGAAAUCUCGAUCGACAGGUCGAUAUCCAGUAAACAGACCAAGCGACGCCACCUCCACGAAGCCAUAACCCACUUCCACCAUCAGCUGGACAUAGAGCCCCAGCCCGAGCCGGUAUGGAGCUUGAGCACGGCAAUGUACUUUUCCGGGACUAUAUUUACUACCAUCGGUAUGUUUACAAGUUCACGUGGCAUGGGGUAACACCUGUUUUUGAAAUUUUUUCGAGAUUACAAACUUAUUUUGUCGUAAUAUAUGAGUUGGAUGAGAGAUCCUCCUGUUCUGUUAGAUUGAGGGAUGACUUUCGACAAAAUGACCAACUUCAUAAAAAUAACUCAACUGGCCUCGGGGAAGAGCAAACACUCCUUUUGUCAAAAGUGAAUGUUAACACUAAUUGUAAUCAAUUCUCACUCUUAAAAAAGCAACCUUCAAAUAGUUAGCCUAAUAUCAUGAAAAAACUAACAUAAUAUUGUAGCUAAAGUAACACAGUAACUUUACAGGUUUUGGAGAUAUUGCAUGCAAAACAGCAGCUGGUCGUUUCAUGACGUUCGUUUAUGCCGUAGUUGGCAUACCAGCCAUGUUGAUGACGUUAAACGACCUAGGGAAGUUCUUGUACAACAACAUACAAGACCUCAUAGGAUUCUACGACAGGAUUCUGGACAGAAUCAAGAAUCGAAUAAAGAAGAACGACCAAACCAAAGACGAACUUAUUAACCUAGAACAAGGUAUGGUACAAAGCAUAAACAGUGAUCACAACGACACAGUCAAUCACGUCAGCUUCAAUCUACAGCCAGGACCUGAUGAGCUAACGUUAGACCUGGAGGCUGGUGGAGAUCUGGAGAGCUUCCAACGAAUGCAGUCGCUGGAUGAACGUCUGACUAGCGACAGUCAACAUGCACCCACCUUCCCCAGACUUGAAACCAACACUUCAUUCGAUGCUCUUAGCGGAGAAUACACAGCAGCUGAAGAACUGUUACCUCAAGCUGGUGCUCCACCAAGAAUGCACGUGUUAGUGGCUGUCGGAAUCACUUUGGGGUGGAUAUUUUUUUGUGCUGCAUUGUUCUUGCUGUGGGAAGACUGGCAGUACACAGAGAGUGUCUACUUCAUGUUCAUCAGUAUGUCAACAAUCGGGUUGGGAGACGUCAAUGUAAAACGACGAGAGUAAGUUGAUUGUGAUACAGUAGAUAGCUUUAUACAAUUGUUGCUUCUUGAGUUAAUUGUUCUGUUAAUAAUUGCAAAAACUAACUAUAAUCUUUAAGCUUGAUGGUAGUAUGUUUCGUCUUUGUUAUCAUCGGCCUUUCAUUGGUCAGUAUGACGAUAUCAGUCAUCCAAGCGUCGUUAGAAGAUCUCUACAAAAAGCUUCUGAUGAAACUGUUAGUCGAAUACCAAGCUAAACUAGCUGCUGGCGACCACAAAGGAGCCUCAAUGGGAAUGAUGAAGAUGUGGGGAAACAGCAAAGCAGCCAAGUACCUGAUGCCAAUGAUUGGCACUGAAACCAGAAAGAAUGUCAUGCAGCAGAUCCAAGAUGAAGCACGAGAAACAGGGGUUGAGCUACCACCUAUCUUCGAGAACAUUGAUAACAAAACUGGAUUGCCCAAAAUAUUGGUUGUCGCCGAACAAAUGGCCAAAAACAAAGUAGAAGUCAACGAUGCCAUUGUGAAUGAGAUUGUCAGAGAAGCUGACCCAACUCGACAAAGCAUGCCCAGUAAGAUUGGCAACGUCAUCACAUACGAUGAAAGCAGUCAAACUGAACCUGUGGUCACGUAUGUUAUCCAUAAUGCCUUGAAACGUCCGCAACUUAUUUUUAUUUCUUAUCUCGCUUUAGGACAUUUACUUUGCAAUGUAAAAUCUAUUUCAGAGAUGACAAGAUAGGACAAACGAUAGACGCACAAUGUGAUAAUUUGGCCGUUCAAACAGAUCCAGAAAAGGAAAUCGACCUGAACGACGAAGGAAUCCAAACCGACUACUUGUCCACAAGUUCAGACGAAACACAAACCUCUGUUACCGAGACGAAAGAGAAAGAAACCUUUACAGCUGCUUACACUCUCGAGGUAUCUUAAAAUAGAUUUGUAUGACAAAGUUCAAAAACCUUUUCUAAUUUCUGAAAUUUCAGUCGAAUGACACUCAAACUGAUGUCAUCACAACAGCUGAGCAAGAGUUGCAAACUCAUGUGGUUGAAAACAUUGACAAUGAAAGCCAAACAAACAUUUUGGAGACAAAGAAUGAACGGAUUCAGACGCCCUAUCCUGAAACUUUGACGAAUGAAACACAAACAGAUGAAAGUGUAAGUUACUAUGACACCUAAUUCUAUACUGGAAGCGACCAAAUAAUUAUUUUAGAUAUCAAAGUUAACCGUUCAAAGCCCAACUACGUAAUUUCACCAUCUUCCCCCAACUAAUGCGACUUCUUUCAGAUAGUACAAGAUGCGAUAAAAUCCCCGUCCAAGAUAACAAAAGCCAGACGCCGGCUUCAGAAGGCAUUUACCCGGAAUACGCCCAGCAAAUCGACCGAACCGGAAAUGAGCGACUGGAAGGAAGUAUCCGGAGAUGAAGGAUCAGAUCAAGACGAUGAAGAAGGACGAUCAUCUCCUGAAAGCCUGGAUUGGGACCCCAUCGACGGAAUGCACGCAGAACGACAACGUCCCGUCAAAGAUCUCAAGAAAAUGUUUGAUAAAUCAAAGAAAAAGUAA